CUGGAUUAAAGGGGACGGAUUCGCAUGUGAAUUGAUGCCGAAAGCUAGAGCUCGGAGUCGUUUUGCAGAGUGAAUGUGAAGAAAGAGAACAGACUGUUGGCAGACAGUGAUUAUUCUGAAAAGUCUAAAUCUAUUGUACACGGUGCAACGCUACGAAGAAUCUCAGACAUUCCUUAAAAAGUCUUGGAAUUCAAAUUUUCAUUUGUCAAGCUGCGUAAAAAGGCUCUUGCUUUCAAAGACGCUCUAGUGUUACUCAUUGUAACAUCGGAUCAACAUCAAGACGCUACGAUCUUUGUUUUUUCUUCUUUAAAGGUUCAGGUGUCGUCCUUGUAUAUUUUCCCUCGAGAUUUAAGGGAUGAAUGCUUUUAAGUGGAAAAUCCAUACUCUGCUUGUACUCUGGUGUAUAAGGUGAGUUACAUAAGGCUUAUUCACUAAGGCUGCUGUACUCGAUUACAAAAUACGGUUAAAGUUUAAAUUGAUUUGCCAUCGACAAGUUAGACCUCCUGGAUCUCAUGCAGAGUUUUUACUGAUAAACAAGAUAAUCUACAGAGCGUCUGUUUUGUGGACUUACAAGCGGUGCAACAAAACUGGGAGCUGAACGAUAAUGGUUACAUUUUAUUAAAACUUAAGUUGAAACAGCAGAUUAGUAAAAAGUCAACGCUUGUCUUUUCAAGAACGAAGAAUUUUAGUGAAAGGUAUUUUAAAUAGCCAUAGACCGAGCACUUAACGAUGGAAAAUAUAUCCCAGACAAAUAAGCAAAGCGCUUAGCUUUUAAUCUUCGACGAAUAGUGACCUGUUUUAUUGAUUUUCGAUGCAGCGUUAUGGCGCAUCCCUUUUUUUUUGUUGUUGUUCACUGAUGUAUAGUGCCGGCAUAUAGUCUGAACUAGCUGUGUGUAUGUACAACUGGGUUGAUACCUGUGCGUGCAAUUAAAAGAAGUGAUUACGUGAACUAUGUAUAGUGAAAACCCAGAAAUGUUUUUUCUCUUAACAACUUAAGUGUGGGCUGGCUGUUGACUGACAUUAUAGCAUCUGUGAGUGCCAUCGCAAUUUUAACAAUAAGGACAGUGCACUUUACUUGUGAUAAUUAGCUUAAACAAUGUAAACAUGCUUGAACAGUUGACGUGACUUUAUUCAGUGGGGUAAUUGCUUUCAACACAUCAUUAAGUGGACUAAAGGCAGCUCAUUCAUUGCAUAAAGACAACCUCAUUCACGGGAAAAUUUGUCAUUCUGGAGUUGCUCGUGUUUGUAUUUUAGACAGAGCUAAGUCAUUGCAUGCCUUGGGGCCCGGGGGACUACUCAACAAUGUUUUAUACGGGGAGGCUCCGCCCGGAGGUCCAACCCUUUAACCUUUUAUAUACCAUUUUUGACAGAAAAGGUUCUCUUUCGUACACUUUCUAUUGACAAAUGAUUUCCCUUUCACAUACUUACUAACAAAUAAGUUUUCUUGUCAUUUCAUGCAGCGUUUACUAAAUUUAAUUGAUUCGGCAGCAAGGUGCGUCUGUUCGAAAUAUUUUAAUUAAAGACCUCUGUAAACACUUAAAAGACAAAUUUUGCUACCCUUUCAUACAGUUCAACUCCGAAAAUCCCUACUCUUUUAUUUCCUUGAAGCCCGAAAAAAAAUAAAAUCUCUUUCGUGGUGCGCCUCCCUGUUACAUGAUAGGAUUUUGUAGGGAAUACCUCUUCCCCAGGGCUUAGGGGUUAGAGGAUAUCAUACGAGUUGUCAUCUAUCAUACACCAACCUAGCGGGUGGUCUUGUUUCAAAGGGAUCAUUUUUUUGCAGUUGUAGCACAGGGACGGGGAAGAAGAAAUCCCGUCCCAAUGUGUGGUGCGAAAAAGCCCCAGGACUUUCUGAUGGCCAAAGGAAGGUUUGUCAUAGGGUACCCGGACUUCAAACUGCAAUCAAGAAAGGAAUCGAGAAAGGGCUCUCAGAAUGCGAACGGGAAUUUAAAUGGAGCAGAUGGAACUGUACUUUGCUAGGAGAAAAAAACCUUCUUCAGCGAGCGCCAGGUGAGACAUUCAAUCCCUAUUGUCCAAUAGCUUUAUCCUGUUUACUUUAACUCCAACAUUGUCGCAGUGUCAAAUUGAUAAAUAUUUUUCUUUACGAAGAGUCACGCACCAAGAAAAAAAAAAUUACGGCAGUAAAUACUAUGCCCAGGAUUACAAUCUCGAUGAUUCAUGUGGCUUCUUUAUAUUUCUCUUUUUUAGGGCUUCUUGGUUAAAUAACGUAUUUGAGAAUCAACUUAACAAACGGCUGAAACGACAUAGCCUUUAGGCAGCACAUAUGACAUAUUUAAGCUUAUCUAUAGGAGAGUAUAGCCCGCUAUGCUCUGGGAAAGACCUCAUUCCGCCGGAUCACGAUAAAUAACCUUUUUUUGGACCAGUCCACAAUGCAAAUGAUCUGAAAGUUUUUAUUUCAUCGUGUUUUUUUUUUGUAAUAUAUAUAUAUAUAGAUGGUACUAAGGAAGCUGCGUUUACCACGGCAAUUCUAUCAGCCGCCAUAGCUUUUAACAUAGCAAAGGCUUGCACAGCUAAAGAUGUCACCGAAUGUAGCUGCGAAGGAGUGAAAAGACCCUUCCGCGGACAGCCAUGGAAGUGGAAAGGUUGCAAUGUAAAUAUUCGCUUCGGUUCUUACGCUGCUGAGCGGUUUAUGAUGAGUGGAAGGAGUAAUGACACCAAACUCAACAUGAUGUCGAGACACAAUGUUAGAGCUGGCCUUGAGGUACGUUUUUGUUUUCGCAACAGUCGGCAACAGUAUCCGGCGACAGAUGACAAUAUUUGGGCGAAGGUUCCUUGAUUCAAAAUACUGCAUUUCAAUGAUAGUACGUCUUGCAUUGAAUGGAUAACGGCAGCAUAAGCUUAUUUUUUUCAAAAUGGACAAGUUUUAAGAUUUGUGGAUGUUUCUGACGAGCCACAGGAACUGUUCAUACAUGAAAAAAAUGGUUCAUUGCUACCGUGGUUUGAUCAAAUAAACGAGAUGAAUAGGCGAUUUGCAAUAAGAGGUCAUGUGACAUCGUUUUUAUAAAAACUGAAAAUAAAGUGAUUUUUUCUUCAAAAAACGAUUAGUGGGUCAUAUCUUUAACAAAAUAAUAGUGAUUUUGUUUUGUAAACCUGCAACAUUUUCUUAACAUGAGUAAGUUCGUAGUUGGUCACGUGACCAAAAUGUGAUUUUUAAAAUUAUGAAUUACCUCUUUCUGAACACAAACUUUGCACUUAGAUCUCAAGGAAAAUGUUGAAACGUUGAUGUGGGAACGUUUACAGCAAAUCUGAGCGUAACUAUCAAACGUUUAAGAAGAUCUAAGCAAAAAGUAGUUUUGUCCGCCAUCUUGGAGGGCAAGAGUAUGCCCCCAACAUGGCGGCCAACACAAAUGAUACUACUUCGUUGAAAAAUCAAAGUGCCAUAAAAUGUCUCCCUUAAAUGCGUUUCCUCUCAAAUUUCGGGUGUAAGAUAAUUUUUAUGUGCUCUGUCAAUUUUUGGCAUCAUCUAGAUUCCAGCUCAUUGUUUAAAGAAAACAUUGGUCACGUGACCUCUUAGUGCAAACGGCCUAUUAAAUCCCUCGAAAUAAAGCCUCUAACACAAAGCAAAACUUGGAAAAUUAUCGGCUGGUCCUCUAAUAACUUUAAAAAGUAAGUCACAUCGAUGGGUAGUGCCCCUGGGCCGUACAGUCAGGUUUAUCGCAUAAUGAGGUGGACGUCCUGACGUACGGCGCAUGCGUACGGUCAUCCGGAUUUUCCUGGCUCAUGUUUUUUUUGGUUUCUUUGGUCAACGCACUGGCAUUAAGGCCCCGUUCAGAUGGAGGAAACUUCCGGGUAGAAGGGUCACUCUUCUACCCGAACCACUCUGGCGUGCCAGCUUUUCAUAUUACAUUUCCUUUCAAAACUUGGUGAUUUACAUAAGAAACAAAAAGUUGAUUCUGCUAGAAGGGUGACCAACCUGCAGUAGACGGUUCACCCUUUUUCCAUUGUAAGGACUGUGACCUUCCUGGUCGGGCCAACUUUUCUCCAUACAAACACUUUAGCCAGGUCAACUCAGCGUUUUUGAGCGACGGACGUCAACCGGAUUUGGACUUUUUGCAUCAUUUGGGAGUUGUUUGGUUGAAACUCUCGGAUGAAUCGUCUCUAUAAGAGAAACGAAACUUAGUAAUACAAAUUUGUUAGCGUCAAGGCAUAUAAAAAGAAAGAAGGCUUCACUUCCGGUUGAAGUGUGUCGCUCAAAACGUCUUUACACAUGCUCCCCAUUCAGAGCAUGCACGAGAACGCUGUGGUCAGCGGCAUGGCUGUGGCAAAGAGAGCAUUUUUUUCUCACAUAAACACAUCACAAAAAUUUACUCGGCUGUGUUGAGUGGGUGACCCUCCUUCCCGGAACAACUUUUCUCCAGACAAACGAGGCUUAAUGGUAACUGUUUAUUUUUUUUCUUUUUAGGUUUUAAAAGAAAAUAGAGUAAUCAGGUGUACUGUAGGAAAUACAGGGAACGUGAAGUCAUGUCACCUUACCUUGCCACCACUCGAGAAAAUCAGCAGAAUUCUUAAAGCAAAAUAUAACGGAGCUAAUGAGGUAUUCCCUUCCCUACGAGAAAAUAAGAAGUCCCUCUAUCUGUUGAACAGGGCACGAUUCCGAAAUCGACAAAGUGGUAACCGCCCAAAAAAAUCAGCAUUGGUUUUCCUGGUGAAAUCUCAGUACUGUUAUCGCCAAGAUGAAUAUCGAAUACCAGGAACGCAGGGACGCUUGUGCCGACGAAACACCAAUAAGGAAGACGAUUGUAUCUUUCUUUGCUGUGGUCGCGGAUACAGCAGAAAUGUGUCUCAUAAGAAAAGAUUUUGCAACUGCAAAAAAGGUCCCAGUGCGCCUUGCAGCUGCAAAUUAUGUACAGACGUUGUGAUCGAAAACAAGUGUUUGUGAUGAUACUGCUGACAGUGUACUUUUUAUGAAGUUACUUGGGGGCUGCCUUAGCAACAACAACAGCCAAACAAAGAAAACAUUGUUUCAAAAACAUACAUGGCUGAGAGAGCAAUAAAGUCAAGGAACUAAGUUUAGGGAGUAGCGUACUUUACUCUCUCGGCUCAUCUGAUUGCAGAAGACGUCAAAAUUUUUAUCGUCGUUACAUGGCCGUAACAGUUUUAUUAGUCUUUCUAGUUUCAUAACAGGAUAUACAGUAUAAGCCUAUGACAGUCUCUUUUUUUGCUCAGUUAAGUUUUCUUAAUAUCGUUGGGGUACUACAUCUGCCUUGGUUUUACAAGACAGCAGUUCUCAUGGUUGUUAUCGACAUCAUUCACAUGUCAAAUGGCUUAAUUACCUAGAGGGAUAUUAAAGCAUAAUGAUUUUUUUAUUGUUAACUUGGAUUGUGAAGUCGAAAGCCUGAAUAACCACCCUACACGG